AUGGACAGACAAAUGGUAUAUGCUGAUUUAAACUUACCCAGGAACUCAGGCCUUGACAGUUCAUUACCCCCAUCUCUUCCUAAGGAUGUCUGUCAGGGUCCACCUUGGCAUCAAUUUGCUCUGAAAUUUGCCUGUGCUGGGAUUAUUGUCCUUAUUUUGAUUGUUGUUGGGUUGAGUGUUUCAGUGAUAUCCUUAAUACAAAAAUCAUCAAUAGAAAAAAGCAGUGUGCAUGUUCAAGAGAACAAGAAUGGAACAACAGAGAGACCAGGUCUGUUGGAGUGCCCAAAACAUUGGCAUCCACUCCCAGGGAAAUGUUUGUUUUUAUCUCCCACUCUCAGCUCUUGGAAUAACAGUCUAGCCAACUGUUCCACAGAAGAAUCCAGAUUGUUGCUUAUUCAAGAUCAGGAAGAAUUGAAACUCAUACAGAACCUGAUAAAUGAAGAAGGAAUUCUAUAUUGGACUGGAUUACAUUUUGUACUAUCAGAGAAGAGCUGGAAGUGGAUAAAUGGCUCUUUUUUAAAUUCUGAUAUGUUUCAAAUUACUGGCGAUGCUGGAGAAAACAGAUGCGCUUUAAUCUCUCAGAAAAAAGUUUUUUCUGAGAACUGUGAUUCAGAAAAUAAAUGGAUCUGCCAAACGGAACUGAAAUCUGUUAGAAAUAAAGAGUGUCCCGACUGUUGA